AUGGACACUGGCAGCAACACCACUGAAAUGAAGCACUGUUGCUGCAGCCUGAGUUGUUACAGAUGGCUCACCAAAGGAGUCAGGGACCAACACUAUACAAAAGCAGACCCUAUGGAAGCAUUGGAAUCAGAUGAUGGUAGCAACAGUUCAAGUCUUGGUUCCGACAUGAAGCCGUCAACACCGUUAUACGAGCUAGAGGAUACUGCAGAAGAAGAGAAUGAACUUGAAGAUCGUGCAGAAGGAGGUGAUGGACUGAAAGAAACCACAGGAGAAGGGGAUGUAUUGGAGGAGAACAAAAAUGCAUUAAAUGAUCUGAAGUUUGAUGAAGAUAAUGACAAUAAGAACCUGCAUCUUACGCUUGAGGAAAUGGAAACCCAAUUUCGUUCAUGGCUUGGUCCUGAGAUUGAUGAGGAGCUAUACAAUAUUUGCAAGUAG